AUGGGCGUGGACGCGAAGGAUUACCUGACGUUCAGCACCACGUGGCUCAUUGAAAACCAGCUGAGUCUGCCGGUGUACGUGGAGACCAUCAACGCCACGGAGCUCGUCACCACCAUCGUGUUCGUGUUCCGCGUGGCCGUGUCGCUCUCCGACGUGUUCCAGGACAAGAAGUGGACCACCGACCAGGAGGAGGAGGCGGUGCUGGAGGAGGAGAGAAGGAGCCUCGGGCAGGACCAGCUAGCCCUCUUCCACCACCUUGAGGCGUCCCUGUCCGCGGCGGGGCUGUCGGGGCGCGCCUGUCUCUUACGGGCCGUGUGUGAGGCGCAGAGCAAGAGGCUGUUGGCAUUGAAUCUACUGGGACAUCUACUGACAGCCUUCCUCACGCCACAAGACAAAGAAUCCCUGAGUCCGUACUGGGAGGCAUCGUCAGUGGGUCAGUCUGGGACGCGGGACGGUCGUUGCAAGAGGCGCUACCCAGGCUGCCCCUUCUCCGUGCUGGACGUGUUCAAGCUGGGCAGGAAGAACAGGAGGAAGAACAACAGUGAGGAUGAGAAGAACAGCAGCAGAAAGAAGAGCAAUGAGAACAGGAGGAGAAAUGACGGGGACAGUGAAAAUAACAACAGUAGAAGGAAGAAUGAUGAUAGUGGUGUUGAUGAUAACGGAAGUGAUUUGGAGAGGUCUGGUCCCACAUCUUCCUCUUCCUCCUCCUCGUAUGAUCAACUUCCUCUUCCUCCUCCUCUUCCAUCUAAUGUAAUAAUAUACUAAUCUAGCUCUCACCACCAUCACGGAAGAAGGAAGAAUGAUGAUGGUGGUGUUGAUGGUAAAGGAAGUGAUUUGGAGAGGUCUGGUUCCACAUCUUCCUCUUCCUCCUCCUCGUAUGAUCAACUUCCUCUUCCUCCUCCUCUUCCAUCUAAUGUAAUGGUAUAUUAAUCUAGCUCUCACCACCAUAACGCAGAAGCAAGAAUGAUGAUGAUGGUGGUGAUGGUGGUACAGGGGAGUGAUUUGGAGAGGUCUGGUUCCACAUCUUCCUCUUCCUCCUCCUCUUCCAUCUAAUGUAAUAGUAUACUAAUCUAGCUCCCACCACCAUAACGCAGAAGCAAGAAUGAUGGUGAUGGUGGUGAUGGUCGUAAAGGAAGUGAUUUGGAGAGGUCUCGUUCCACAUCUUCCUCUACUACUACUACUACUACUACUACUACUACUACUACUACUAUACCACUACUACUACUACUAUGACAAUCUCGCUACUACAACUACUAAUACUAAUACUACUACUAACUACUAUUGGGGCAUUUAAAGGACCUCUUCCCUUGUUGUAUUGCUCGUUACAACAAUAAAUACAAUAAUAAUGAUAAUAAGACCAUCCAUUUAUUAUUAGUAUUAUUAGUAGUAAAAUAUAGACGAAUGUAUCUCUUUCCCAGGGCAUUCACAUUAACCCUAUAUCAUUACGCAUUUGUUACGCAUUGAUAUUUUGGUUGACUCUUUCCCAUAUUCAAUCGUCUAUACUUAUCUGUUUGUGUUUGUGUUUGUGUUGUCUAUUACGUGAGGAAGGUCUAGGAUAACUGCGCUCUGGUUGUUCAGGAAGUGUUUGUGUAAAUAUAUUGUUUGUGUUAAUAUACGAAGGA